UGUAAUGCGGGGGCCUCGGUCCUCUGUCCCUGCACCACGUAGCAUCCAUGGAUCUGGAGAGAGAUGCUGAUGUUCAGAAGCCUUCAGCACCAGGCCCCUGGCACCGACCCAAGCAGAACCACGUGGUCCUGGUUUACUCUCUUUCAGAUCUUCCUGGCAGUGGCUAAUUUUGAACCAGAUGAAAAGGGUCAGGAGUUCUCUGUCAUUUACAAAUGGAGCCACAGAAAGCUGAAGUUUACCCCAUAUCAGAGCAUUGCCACACACAGCGCCCGAGACUGGGAAGCCUUCGAGGUGGAUGGGGAGCACUUCCUGGCGGUGGCCAACCACCGGGAAGGCGACAACCACAACAUCGACAGCGUCAUCUACAAGUGGAACCCGGCAACCCGGCUCUUUGAGGCCAACCAGACCAUUGCCACCUCUGGCGCCUACGACUGGGAGUUCUUCAGUGUGGGGCCCUACUCGUUCCUGGUGGUGGCCAACACCUUCAACGGCACCUCCACAAAGGUGCACUCGCACCUCUACAUCCGGCUCCUGGGCUCCUUCCAGCUCUUCCAGUCCUUCCCGACAUUCGGUGCUGCGGACUGGGAGGUCUUCCACAUCGGGGAGAGGAUCUUCCUCGCUGUGGCGAACAGUCACAGCUACGAUGUGGAGAUGCAAGUCCAGAAUGAUUCCUACGUCAUCAACUCAGUCAUCUACGAGCUGAACGUGACCGCGCAGGCCUUUGUCAAGUUCCAGGACAUCCUCACCUGCAGCGCUCUGGACUGGGAGUUUUUCUCGGUGGGAGAAGAUUACUUCCUGGUCGUUGCUAACUCCUUUGAUGGGCGCAGCUUCUCAGUGAACAGUAUUAUUUACAGGUGGCAGGGUUACGAGGGCUUCGUGGCGGUGCACAGCCUCCCCACCGUCGGCUGCAGGGACUGGGAGGCCUUCAGCACCACAGCCGGCGCCUACCUCAUCUACUCCAGCGCCAAGGAGCCCCUCUCCAGGGUCCUGCGGCUGAGGACGCGCUGAGGCUGCGGCUGUCCAGGAGCAACUGGGGUGGCCAGGCAGGGCGGGACCCCAGCACCUCCCCCCAAGUGGACGUCCAGGUGGGCCGAGCCUAGGGCAGCCCAGGCCUGAGCAUCAGGCAGGGUGCAGGUGGGGCCAUCUGCAGCCCUAGUUCGGGCAGGGACGUCCAUCCACCUCUGGGUCCUUCUGAGCCACAGCCCCAGUGACUGUCUGGGUCUUACAGGUGGAGGCCCAGAGUCCCUGCCAGCACUCGCCCAUCUGAAUGUCAAGCAGGGAUUUCACUGUCAAGGAACCGUUUCCAUAAAUUUUUACCUCAAACAACAGGACCUCGGCUUGUGUCCCCGCUCCUGCAGUGUGCGCCCGGCCACCUGAGCAGGCUUGGUGCCAUCCCACCAUUGCCGCCACCUAUUUAUUGUGUUUUCUCUGAACGGAACUGUAUUUAUAUUGCUCUUUACAAAAGCACGGGUGCUACUCUCUCGGCAGUGGUGGGCACAGCCCCUCACCACGGACACCUCCCCGUACAGGGGUCACCUCCCAGCCUCGGUUUACUCAUAAAUGCACUGGGGCGAGGUCAGAAAUCACAAGCCUGGGCAUGGCCUGGGUCGCACCCUCUCCCCACGGCCCCACCCACAGGGACCUCAGCUUCUGGGACCGGGAUUUUUUCCCCAUUCGGCAGCAUUUUAACCACACGUCCUCCAGCUGACUGGGACUCAGGCUGCGUGCCUCCGUCUGCCUGUGUGCUGGCUGUCCUAGCGCCCUGGUAACAGCAUCCUCUGCCGGCUCUCCUGUGGUCAUCUCGUCUCUGCAGCCAGGAGAGCUGCUUGUCCAUCUGUCACAGGCAGCGAGGAUGAGAGGGGUUGAUGGGCGCAAGGCCCCGGGGCUCCUGCCUCUUAACCUAUGUGGAUGCCAGAGAAACCCCUCCCCCAUGAGAAGGGGCUCAGAUAGCAGCCUCCAGGGCCAUGCAGCCCAGACCAGACCUGCCAGGGUCUUCCAGGAACUGUACUCCUGCUUCUGCGACACAAAUCGGAACAGCAGCGAUCCUGAGAGGGUUUACAAUUUGCUUUUUCCGCCAAUCAGAACUGUGGACAAAACUUCCUGUUUUCUUUUUUUUUUUUUUUUUUUGAG